AAGACCGGUAGCUGAACGGGGCCCAAAAAACGUCUCUCACGGUCUCACCUCCAUAAACAAACCUCCUGGGUCUUUCACUUUAUCAUCCAAAACGACGCAUUUGCUGUACUUGCACUUGAUUCCCUAGCUUUACUUUGCGUUGCUGGUGCGUAUCGUCCUUGAAGAGUCAAAAUGGAAAACAAUGGUGGUGAGGUGAGUGUGAGGAACUCAGGGUAUCCUCGUCCAGUCCUCAAUGAACGGAUUGUUUCUUCAAUGUCACGGAGAUCGGUGGCUGCUCAUCCCUGGCAUGACUUGGAGAUUGGACCAGGUGCUCCAGCAGUUUUCAACUGUGUGGUUGAAAUUGGCAAAGGCAGCAAAGUUAAAUAUGAACUUGACAAAACAAGCGGCCUUAUAAAAGUUGAUCGUAUUCUAUACUCUUCGGUUGUUUAUCCCCACAACUAUGGAUUCAUUCCCCGCACAAUUUGUGAAGACAGUGAUCCUAUGGAUGUCCUAGUACUGAUGCAGGAGCCUGUUGUAUCUGGUUCUUUCCUCCGUGCUCGUGCUAUUGGUUUGAUGCCCAUGAUUGAUCAGGGUGAAAAGGAUGACAAAAUCAUUGCAGUAUGUGCUGAUGACCCAGAGUUUCGCCAUUACAAGGACAUCAAGGAGCUUCCUCCUCAUCGCCUGGCUGAAAUCCGCCGCUUCUUUGAGGAUUACAAGAAGAAUGAGAACAAGAAGGUUGACGUGGAAGACUUUUUGCCAGCUGAAGCUGCAGUUGACGCCAUCAAAUAUUCCAUGGAUCUGUAUGCAUCCUAUAUCGUCGAAUGCUUGAGGCAGUGACAAGUUUGAUGACUAACUAAAGAAUGGCUGCGACCGCAUACUUAUUAUUGUAGCAAAUUUCCAUCCUGUUGCCUUUCUGUUUGCAAACCUAAUAAUACUCCCAAGUAUUCAGCCGUUGCAGCCAGCGCUUGUGCUACGUUUUCACAUGCUCUGCAAGUCCUUAUCUUGGCUGUUUCUGGAAUCAAAAUUCAUUGUAAGCUGGAUUCUGAAUCUGAAAUGAUGGCUAUAGUUUGUUGUUUCUUCAUAUAGUAGUUUUUUCAUUA